AUAAGUUGUGGCGAAAAACUUUUCAACAAAAAACCGCUGAAUUUCGAUGGACUGAAAGGCGGUCUUUUGGGCGCUUUCGUGGACUACAACUUCGAUAGGAUUACAGACGCCUUCCUCGUCACCGAAAGCGGUCUUGAGAUCCAAUUGGUUGAGGGGGUCAUCGACGACGAGCCGUAUCUGCGGAACCGGUCGGACAUUAAGUGCACGUUUGACCGCGACUCUGAUGAUAGAGUUGUCGGUGUCAUACCGUCCGACUUUACCGGCAACUCCUAUGUCGAUGUGCUGGUUGUCACCAAAAGUAUCAACUCUUCGUUUGAGUCUUUCGACGAGUUUCACACCAUUGAAGACAAAACUUAUAAGUUAUGGCUAUUUCACAGCAAUCCUGAGCAGCAUCUCGAGUGCAAUACCACUCAUCCAUUAGCGGACAAUAUCCGGAGCUUUCCGUUGACUUUAGACUAUAACGGAGAUAUGAUAACAGACUUUAUUGUGGAGACCGACCACUGCCUCAAAGAGUUAUGGAUAGGUCCGCCGCAAGGGUUUAGCCGAAAGUGUCUGGAGGGAUUACACACUAAUCAACGCAUGAGUUAUCCCAACAGUAAUGCAUUUAUUGAUUUAAGUAAUCCCAAAGAUUUUACGCCAGAUAUCUUCAUCAGCGGCACUAAUACUAUGGAGUAUUGGUUUAAUAACAGGGGAUUCAAAACUGGGCUAAACAUCAGUUACCCGAACAAAGAUGUGUACAAAUUCGUGGGUCAGUCCACGUUCGUGGACAUCGACUUUGACGGGGAAGUGGAGCACAUAAUCCCCGUGUGUAAGGGCAGUGGCAUAGAUACCUGCGCUGAGCCACAGAUACUACUAUUAUCUCAAAACGGUGCCGAAUACGAGUGGAUCGAGAUAUUAGACAUGAAUAAAGAGCUGUUCCCGAAGCUGACAUUCGCUGAACUAAAACUGUUUGACUAUUUGGACCUUUACGUGACCUUAAGAGCCGGUGACAUAGACUCGGAUGGAUACCCGGAUUUGGUGACAGUUAUGCGCAACCGAAACACAUCCCAAAGCCAC